AUGGCAGGAGAAGCAAGCAAGGAUGUGAUCAAAAUCGAGGCUUCAGAGGUUGAACCCAUUUCAGUUCAACGAUGCUCCAGCCUUGUGCCAGAGACGGAGCGAAUCAGGUACAAAGAAUGCAGGCGAAACCAUGCGGCUUCCUUUGGCCGCUAUGCUUUUGAUGGUUGUGGAGAGUUCAUCGGUUGCAAUGACGAUGCAUUCAUGUGUGCUGCAUGCGGCUGUCAUCGCAGCUUCCACCGCAAAGAGCCUCCUAACAACCUCAACAACGCUGCUCUGCCUCCUCCACAUCAACCGAUGCCUCCUCAAAAACCACUGCUGGCACCCCUGCCUUUAGCAUCCCACAAUGGACUCACUGGUGAGACUUCUCUAUUCCCUAGGGACAGGAAUAUUGAUGCAGGGUCUGAAACACUCAGUGGAGCCGAGGUAGAAGAACCAAAAGACACGAAGAAGAGGGCAAAGAGAACUAGGAUUACGAUGGAGCAGAAGACCAAAAUGAUGCGGUUUGCUGACAAGUUAGGGUGGAGGCCCCAGAAGCACGAUGAUGCUGAGGUACAACAGUUCUGCGAGGAAGUUGGAAUCACCAAGCGCGUGUUCGUCGUUUGGCUGAACAACAACAGGCGCCGGAAGGAUUCCAUGAGAUCAGAGGAGCAAGCUUGGGCGCAUGCAGUGGCUGAAAAUAAUAAUAUGAGUGCUGCUCAAAAUUAGGGUUUUUGUUUUGCUGUCUUGUCUGUUUGUUUUCUGCAGGGUCUGUCUUUCGCUGUUCGCUUAUGUAAUGUCACUCAAUCUGUGUCAAAUGUUGCUUUUGGCUGUCUUUGGUUUCUUUGAGCGUUGAAAGCUCUUGUUGUUGUUAUGUUUGAACUUAAUUUAAAGGUUUUGCUGUGCAACGUG